AUGCACUCUUGCCGGUUCGUCCCAGACGCAGCUGAGGGCACUGCUGAAAAGGCCACUCGCUUGACCAGCUCCGGUGUAACGUUUCUAAGACCUUUAGCGCCUCGUAUUGCCUCAACAGUCCUUGCCAUGGCCACAGACCGCGAUCGAGCUCGAAUCUCACAGGUGAUCGGCGCUGAUCGGUCAGAUCAAGCAAGGUCCACCACAGCUAUUCCGACUCGGGCAGUGCACGGCCUUGUUAAGAUGGAUGUCAAUCUGAUCAGAUUCCAGCACUUUACACGUCAGGCGACACCUGCAUCACUUGAGCAUACCAGCAAGCGCACCGAGUCCUCCCGAGUUGCCCCCGCCGAUGAGACCAGCAAGCAUCGAGGGGUUCUUCAUGGCAAGACCCAUAGCCAUCUGCGCAGCCUGGUUUACGGCGUCCUGCUUGCUGCCCUGAGCCUGUCCCUGUGCGUCCUUCUGGUCGAACAAGUCGGCAGCGUGGCUCAUGGCGGCGCUCAUGAUCUUCUGCUGGAAGCCGCCGCCCUGCUGCUGCUGUCCACCGCCGCCGAGAACCGACUUGAUGGCAGAGAGUCUAUUGUGCACAACAGCAGAAGAAAAAUGUGCGUUCCGAGUCAGUACGUCAUCGUCGCGUUCGUUGAGCGCAAAAGCAAGACUCGAGUACUCACGCUGCAGCGUUUCCGAUUUGGCUCGAGGAGUUGGCUCCGGGCUGGUUGUUGA